AUGGCCCCCGAGUUGAGCAGGCCGCCGACGCGGAAUGGCGGUUCGAGACCGCCCACAUCGAGAUUCCAAGAAGGCUCAAUGAACGACCGGAUCAGCAACGUGCCGCCCGUACAAUUCCUAGGCGACGAACAGCUGAAGGAGUACGAGAAACAGUUCUACAAUGAGCCGCUGAGAAAGGCGACCACGGCGGCGACGGCCAUAUUACACCGCGAGGCUCGGAGGCAGCGCCGCGACAGACCGCUCUCCGCAUCCGCACAGCUCCAAAGCCCCGUCAGCUCGAGGGUACCGGUAUCCCAGACGGACGACCAGCCACUUCAACACAAGAGAUCUACGGGGUUCUUCGGCCGUGUCCGUGACGCAUUAUUUAACAGAGGAGGACCGCCGGCGCCGGCGCAGAAGCUGCAGCAGGAAGAGGACGAGGUGAGGAGGAAGCACAGCAGCUUGCAGGAGCCAGUGCAAGCACCAUCGUCAUCCAUGCCGCCACCGCCGCGACCCGACUUCCUACAGCGCUCGCCCAAAUCACAGUCCGAGACGAACAUCCCACAGCUACCCAACUUUGGCGGGUCGGAUCGGCCGUCCCGGGAUGAUGUGAUGGCGUCCUACCAGGAGCUCAUGGCAAGGGGCUUCUUCCAGUCGCACGCAAUACAAUCUACCCGGCACGCCGGACCUUCAGCAAGACGGUCGGCGCCCCUGAUGCCCUCUAUACCCUCCGCGCCAUGCACUCCACAGCCGCCUCCUCGAUUUUCGUCUAUGAAUGCACCGACAAGCCCGGAGUCGCCCACAAGCGCCACGAAAGGUAGGGUCAGCAACGACUGCCCAAUACGAGCACCUCCCCCAACACUACCUCAGUUCCUACGUUCCCCUCCGCCCAAGUCCGCAGCACAAUCAUCAGCGCCGCCGGCAGCAAGCAGACCAGAACUCCCAAGGAAGGACUCCCGCUACGCGCUGCGUGGGCGCAAGCGCAGCAGAGCGGACGCGGACGACGGGACGACGAUGACGACGUCGGAAAGCACAGCCUCCUUCGCGCAACCGCUUAAGAGGGUCGCCAAGAAGCUGCGCAAGAUGCCGUCGUCGAUCACGAGCUCCAGCUCCAACUCCAACUCGUCCACCACCACCACCACGGCCUCGACCAGCGCGCAGAACGCCGACGGCGUCCUCAAGUUGGCGCCUUCGCUCUCGAACGGCGGGACCCUGCAUAGCAAUGAACGGGCGCUGCGCAUGCGCUCGCCGUCUCCUCCGCCGGUUACGGUUGUUGAUAUUAAUGGCAACGGCAACGGUGGUGGAAAUGUCAAUCGACGCAUCGCGAGCAUCUCGGUGCGUAGGACGUUCUCGGGCUCCAACAGGUUGCGCAAGCGGGCUAAGUCGCCGGCGCGGACUGCGAAUACCAUCACCAACGCCAGCGCCAGCGCCAGCACCGUCAGCACAACGCCCGAGACGUGGGGCAUGAUGCGCCAGCGCAUGUCCAUCGACAGCACGCGGGACUCGGGCGACAAUGAGCGUAAGGGUAGCAGUGCCUUCGCCUCCCCGCGGGGAGUGGACGCGGCCGAGCCCGUCGUACCCCUGUGCGCCGUGCCUGACGCGAACCGCGGCAUCCCGUCCGUGCCUAAGAUCCCGUUCCAAUUCUUCGACAAGACGCCCCGGCCUUCGUCGGACGAGAACGACCGCGGCAAUAGGAUGGACGUCGACGUCGACGGGGAGUGGCAGUUUGGCGAGGCUCUGUAG